UCAUAUUAAUUUAAAGUUUAUAUUUUGUACUUUAAUAAUUAUUGUGAUUCAAAAAUGUUCGUAGUAUGUCUUAUUUUGUGUCUUUUGAUUUUGAUAAUUACUUAUAUAACCCAAUACAAAAAUAAUUACUGGAAGAAUAAAAAUAUUCCAUAUGUGAAGCCAUUGCUGAUAUUUGGGAACUACAAGAAAUAUUUGUGUUUAAAGAAAAGCGUGUGCGAAAUAGACAGUGAGAUGUGUAAGGAAUUCCCAAACGAGCCUUUUUUUGGGGCCUUUUAUGGUACUGAACCUACAUUAAUUGUUCAAGAUCUUGACUACAUUAGAACGAUUCUAGUGAAAGAUUUUUAUUAUUUUAAUAGCCGAGAAAUAGCAAAUUAUACCAAUAAAGAAGUAAUUACAACAAAUAUAUUCUUCUCUUAUGGAGAUAAUUGGAAAAUAAUGCGACAAAGUGUUACACCUCUUUUCUCCGCUUUGAAGAUGAAAAAAAUGUUCUAUUUAGUUGAAGAAUGCACAACUGUCCUAGAAAAGGUUAUAGAGAAGGAAAUUACUCAACCUGUUACUGAGGUAAAACAGAUGAUGGCAGGCUUUACCAUAGAUACUAUUGGUUCUUGUAUCUUUGGUGUGAGCGCGGAUGCUUUGGAAAACAAUACAAAUGUAUUUCGCCGUUUAGGUAAAACAAUAUUUGAAACGUCUAAUUUCAUGACGUAUAAGCUUAUAGGACGCUCUAUGUGGCCUGCAAUUUUUUAUGGCUUAGGCUUUACUGUGUAUACAAAUGAACUUCUGAACUUUUUUCACGUACUCUUAGACAAGGUUUUCAAACAGCGACAAUAUAUAGAAUCAGGUAGAAAUGACUUCGUCGAUCUUUUGAUAACACUGAAACGCAAAAAAUGUCUUCAUGGCGACAGCAUAACAGACAAGAAUGGAGAAUCGAGAAAAAUUGUUAAAGAAAUAACAGACGAACUGCUCUAUGCCCAAUGUGUGGCGUUCUUUUCAGCUGGAUUCGAAACAUCGUCAUCGACGUUGUCUCACACACUAUAUGAACUUGCUAAGAAUCCUGAAGCACAAGAAAAAGCUAUAGCAGAAGUUGAUGAUUACUUUACGAAGAAUGAAAGGCUUACUUAUGAAUGUGUUCAAGAAACACCAUACCUUUCCGCAUGUUUUAAUGAGACCAUGCGCCUCUAUCCAGUCCUUGGUGUACUUACAAGAGAAGUGGUAGAAGAUUAUAAGUUGCCUUCAGGGGAAAUAUUGGAUAAAGGGGUCCGAAUCCACAUUCCGGUAUACAGCAUACACCGCAAUCCUGACUAUUUUCCUGAUCCAGAAUGUUAUCGACCAGAAAGAUUUGUUGGUGAUGGAAAAGAUAACAUUAAAAGGUUUUCUUAUAUGCCGUUUGGAGAAGGACCGAGGCAAUGUCUAGGUAUGAGGUUCGGAAUUAUGCAGAUGACAGCUGGUUUGAUGACAGUUCUUAGGAAGUGCCGCCUGGAGCUGGCAGAGGGAAUGCCAGACAAGUUAGAGUUCGAACCUCGAGCGGUAGUUGUGACACAAACAAAGGGUGGGGUCUAUCUUAAGUUGAUACCUCGAGAUAAUGUCGUGUAGAUAAUAGUAUUUUAUGCAACUGUUGUAAAAGAAGGGUCAAAAAACGUAAGUAGUGCAAUGUGAACCGCAUGCGAACAUCGCAAUCAAUGACCCUAUGAGCUAGUACAUACACAACUAAUACAACGUGACGCGUACAAUUUUUUUUUCUACGACGUAAUUUGAAAUGAAACAAACAAAAUACCACAAGUUUUCGAGGGCGGGAAAUGUAUUGUAGACGUAUGGGUACUUCUUAUCUCUGGUCAGUGGUUUUUCUUUUACUUCAAGGAAUGGCAAAGGUACAUACAUACAGCCAACGUACAAAUAUAAAAUUUACAAAAAAAUUUGGCGACUAUUUUGUACCUGCGGUAAACAAUGAUUUUUUAGUCCUAUAUUUUAUUGAGUCUUUAAAAAAUAUAUACUCUAAGUAAGCCUCUAAGUAUAGAUUUUUUUCAAAGAUUCAUUAAAUGGUAUUGGUAUGUACCGUACCUACUUAAAGUAGUGGCCAAAGUUCGUGACUGAAAAAUUGUAACAUAUUGUAAAACUUUUGUAAUAUAUUAUAAUAUAUAAGUAAAUUUAUAGAUCUUGGUGCUAGGGAAAUUCAAAUUCAAAAUCAAAUAUUUUUAUUCAAAAUAGGAUUUAAAAUCACUUAUAAAAAAUAAAAAAUAAUUUUAAAUUUAUAUAAUAACUGUGAAUAUGUGAAUUGAAAUAAAAUAAUUGUGAUUAUUAUUAAA